GCAUGCCCUACUACUCCUGAGGAGGGCACCUACUGUGGAUUCAUCAACCCUGAGGACCCUUGCGCUCCUCAGCCAGACGGAUACGGCCCCAAGGUUACUCCUGACACUGCUUCUGCCUUCCUUGCCUACGCUCCCUUCCACAGCAUGGCCUCUGCUGCCCCUACUGUUGUCCCUAGCAACAACACCGCCAUUGGAGCAGGCAACGCCUACCAGCAGACUUUCCUUGACCUGAACGCUUCUUCCAGCGCCAACUCUUACCUUGGUCUCUACACCUUGACCUCUUACAGCGUUGCCGACUGCGCUGCCCACUGCGACAGCACUUCUCUCUGCACUGCUUUCAACAUCUACAUCGAGCGUGAUCCUAGCCAGAACCCCUCCAAGAACGACUCGACUGCUCCCACUGUCUGGGGUUACUGGUGCCCUAACCCCUCGUCCAUCACCAACUUCAAGUGCACUCUCUGGGGUUCCAACCUUGAUGCUUCUACUGCUACCAACCAGGGCGAGUGGCGCGAGGACUUCCAGGUUGUUGUGACCGCCUCCAACGGAUAUGAUGCCACCAACACCACUCUUCCUCCCAACGUUUCUUCCAGCACUUCUUCCAGUACUUCUUCCGUUGCUCCUUCCGCCACUGCCUCUUCUGGCCCUACCUGGAGCGGCCCCAAGACCUGCGGUGGCAAGGCCAUCAACGCUCCAAACUACUGGAUGGGCUCCAAGUUCUACCCUGGUCCCUUCAACCCUCAGGUCUGCGCCGACUACGCCGCUUACCAGCACCUGCUCAACAAGCAGGCCGCUAUCGCCGCUGGCCUGUCCUACUUCACUCCCUGCAACAGCUUCAACGCCUACUACCUGCACAAGAACGGUAUCCCCCACGGUACCUACUGUGCUCUGUACGAUGCUAGCAUCAGCACCAGCUACGCUACCUACACCGGUGGCUGGUCUGGCAACGACAAGUACGACUGCAGACAGUCUUACCAGUAC